AUGGAUACGACUGGGACAAUUGGUACAAGGACGAAUGCUCCGUGGCAGUUUCACGAGGGUACUGACGUCAUUCUUGAACUAGCCCCAGGCUCCGACACACCGGCUGACCUGCAGGAGACGACGGGAUUUGUGGCGAAUAGGCUUGCAUAUGCGCUUCUACGUGAGGCGGUGCAUCUGAUGCGUGAAGGGGUUGUUGGGGUGGAGGAGCUGAAUUCUAUCGUUGAGAACUCUAUGGGCCGGAGGUGGACGGUGGCGGGGCCGUUCAAGUCAUAUCAUAUGGGUUCUGUUAGGUUUGGGAAGGGUGAGGGUUGGGAAGAGGGGAUAUUUGGGGGGACUGAGGGGGCGUAUGGACCAUCUGCUGCAUUAAGUGUGCGAGAGAGAGAUGAGAAGACGAAAGCAGCGCUGAAGGCCAGAGGUGAAGGGCUGGUACAGAAGAAGUUGGGCUGA